UGUCGUAAAAUUUAGCCUCUGAAUUUAUUUUAAGAAGAUGGCGAACUGCAGUCAAAUAGAUAUGUUGUAGGAGCUGCUCUAGCGAUUGUUUCCACUCAAAAUGACCAGCUAUCUUGCUAGCUGGCUUUCGCUGACGUUAGCUCGCUAGCCAUAGGAGAUGACUCGGAUUAAUUAGCGCUAGCAGCCUGGUACAAGGGCACGGUGGUAUUUUAUAGUAUCUGAAAAAGACCGUCCGACGCAAGGGAAACUUUCCUUGCUAUUGCUGUGAUUAUUUCGCCAGUCAUGUGAAAACACAAUCAUUUGUUACUUAAAAGUGACACGGCUAGUAAAAUUAGCUAAUCCUCUCCAGAUAGCAAGUUGACAACGCAGCUUUCUUCGUAUUAGCCAGCGUUAGCUGGUUUUAGCCAACCUAGCUGUUACGGGUCGGGGUGUGAUGCGAUGGCUACCUUGGUACCUAGUUUCCGGAGUUUCCUUGACUCAAGAAAAAGGUUACAGAAGGAACUAUUAGCUCUACAAAAUGAUCCACCCCCUGGCAUGACGUUAAACGAGAAGAGUGUUCAGAAUACGAUUACACAGUGGAUUGUAGAUAUGGAAGGAGCCCCCGGUACUCUCUAUGAAGGCGAAAAAUUCCAGCUGCUUUUCAAAUUCAGUAGUCGAUAUCCAUUUGACUCACCUCAGGUCAUGUUUACUGGGGAGAAUAUACCUGUCCAUCCUCAUGUUUAUAGCAAUGGCCACAUCUGUCUCUCCAUCUUAACAGAGGACUGGUCGCCCGCUCUCUCUGUACAGUCCGUUUGUCUAAGCAUUAUUAGCAUGCUUUCCAGCUGCAAAGAGAAGAGGCGACCUCCAGACAACUCCUUUUAUGUUAGAACAUGUAAUAAGAAUCCAAAGAAGACAAAAUGGUGGUAUCAUGAUGAUACAUGUUAAUGUAGAACUUUGUAAUACUCUUAGAAGAAAGAAGUCCUACUGACCUACAUAAGCACUUUUUAAGAAACAUUCAGUCUUUGAACUGUAAACUUUGACUGGAACUAUGGAGAUAUAUGCGCUGGAGAUUCUCCUGACUGCAACCCCGGAUGGGCAGUUGGAUGUGUGUACGCAGCAGGUUGCGCUCGAAAUGGAUGCCGAUUCGAAAAGACAGGACGGUAACGCGCCCCGAUGACGACGAUGACGAUUUGAUGGGGGGUAUUGGGGUUGGUUUGGACACGAUAGUUAUGCAGGAAUCAGGAGGAUUUGUAGUGAGAGUUAUUCCUUAUACCAAUUGAGAAUCUUAUUCUGCUGUCUCUGUUUUCGUUUUCUGUUGGUACAGUUUAAGGUCCUCAUGUAUUGUGCAAUAACAAUGAUGGGAUGCAUGCUUGGGCUAAAAGGAGGAAAUCUAAAUCCAAGUCUAAUUUAGCUGAUCUGGAACGGACUAUCUUUACCCACAAGCAAUUGCAACAUCUUCUUAUUGUCCUUUUUUUCCUCAAAACAAUAUGCACUGUGAAAUAUCUCUAGUGGUACAAUGGCAUGUUGUUACAACAUGCUGUUACAUAGAAACUUCUAAUCACUUUAGUUCUGGUCAUUAAAUUAAUGUUUUUGUUUAAUCCGUAUAAUCUGGCACGGCAUUACUUUUUCGUUUGAUCUAUUUCCUGAAAUUGCCCAGAUUAUAAUGAAUAUAUAUUUUAAAAUCUUCCAGUUGUCUCAGAAGUGAGAUGGCAAUAUAAAGCUUUUGAAGGCUAUGAAACCAAGAAGGCCAUCUGACCAUUUUAAGAAUUGCUUGAUUUCACUCAUAGCCCAUAGGCCGAGUCCGUUCGAGGAUAAUUGGCCCUCUUCCCCAUUAUGAUAGCCCAGACACGUGAAUGCAGGACAAGAUCACUUCAUGGAUUUAUGAAUGUCAGCAAGAAAACUUUUUAUUGUGUUUUUGUGUUUCCAUUUUUAUUUGUAUGAUAAGUUUUAUAUUAAGAUUUAUGCUUUAAUCUUCUAAGAUGUCUAAUUUUAAAAUGUUGUCUUUCUUUUUUUUUUGUACUGUAAGUGUGCAAGCAGGUAUUUAAAAAAAGGGUUCUUGAAGGGCAGUAAUUGGGGAGUGUUUGUCUUAUUUAAUGUUUUAAAAUGUUCUAAUCUCCUGAAUCUUAGCGUAAAAGGAACUGUAAUAUGUAAAGGGUUCUUUGAAAGAGAGACUGUACGGCUUGAGUGCUAUUUCUCCUGGUCAUACUUGUCUGGCUCAGGUACUUUUUCAAGAAGAAAUCAUCUUUAGAAAAUUCCUAAAAAAGAUAUUUUGCAUUUAACUAUAUUUUCACCAAAAGGACUGUUACAUUGUUAAUAACCGUAUGUCUGAAACUGAUGUAUAUUAAUCUUCAAAUUGCGCCUGAUAUAUAUAUAUAUCUAUCUAAAUAUAUAUAUAUAUCUAUAUAUGAAAAUGACUUAGUUAGCAAUGAGUGCACGGUCCUUGCGUUGAUGAUAGUUGCCGAACACAAAUUUUAAAUUUUGUUUAGGAUUCUUUGCACUUUUUGCUAAUUAGGUGUCUGUACAGUCAUUUUAUCAGAAUUACUUGUCUAGUCGGAAGGAUUUUUUUUUUUUUUUUUUUUUUUUUGAAGCUCCAGAGCUCCAGUGAUGGGAUGUGUAUGAGAAAUCAGAGGUCAGCCAUGUCAAAAGCAGUUUUGUAUCAUGUCUGACUUCACAACACUCCAUUCCCAAAGACUUACGUUGCCAUCCAUUCAAAAAAUACUUGAAUUUCCCCCUCUGGGUUGGGUCUUGUUGCUUCUCCACGAGUUCUUUUUUGUGAGAUUUCUGUCGAAGUGAAUGUGUUGGCAAUGGUGAAAUGGAGCUGCUUGGUACUACUGCUUCCUUCUGCAAGUCACAAUCCAGAUACUCUACCGUCACAAGCAUGUGUAUGUAACUUCAAGAGGUGGGAGAUGUGGUUGUCGUAUUAAUGAUUGCUGAAAGACAAUUUUUUGAAAAAUUUUGUUGAUGUUUGUUGCGAAUGGGGCCUAGCCUGAACCUAUGAGGGGUGGCAUAGUUGUAGCAUUACAUCUGGGGCACACCAACUUCAGAUCACCAUGGAGAUUAGCAAAUAUACAAUAGAAGUAAUUAAUAUUUGUGGGCUUGGAUGUCUCUUUUUAAUGUUUUCUUUUGUUUUUCUUAGUGACAUUUUUUUUCAUAACUUAAAUAGCCUAGAUCUUUUGGUUUGCAGAUUGUAUAAAUAAUCAAAGAAAUUGGUUCUCAUUUUUAUUUUGGGGGAAUUUGUUCUGGUAUGUACAAGCUACAUGUAAGUUGUGCCUGUUAAUUUAAAUAAUAAAAGCAAAUAUUUACAAUUCA